GUGAGCCGCGUCAGAGGAAGCACGUGUGUGGAUGUUUUGCGUGCGGCUCGUGUGCGCGCGGUAAGAUCAGUCCAGAGAGUUUCGUGCUUUAGUUAACGUUAAAGAUUAAGUUAACGUUAGUUCGUGUGGACCUCUGCUUGCAGUGCUUUCAGAUCUGUGCUGUUUUGUUCUCAUUCCGUUUUUAAGCGCAUUUUCAGCCUUAAAAGAUCCGAUUUUACUGACACUCACACCCCAUCCGACACACUGGUUCAGAUGGAGGAGGCCGAGGCCAGUCCGCUCACAGUGACCGGAGAGAAGCGCUCCCUCCCUGAAGAGGAUCCGGGUCACGCCGCCAAGAGGCUCCGAGUGGAGCAGGAGGAAGAGGAGCAGGAGAGCCGAGGAGGAGAUGAGGAAGAGCCGCUGGAGCAGGAGAGCCAAGGAGGAGAUGAGGAGGAGGAAGAGCAGGAGGAGGAGAGCUUCGCUGACAUGAUGAAGCACGGCCUCAGUGAGCCGGAUGUGGGCAUUCUCAAGUUCAUCAGCGAACACAAAGGCUUCUCGGGCAUCCUGAAGGAGAGGUACUCAGACUUUGUGGUCCAUGAGAUCAAUAAAGAGGGGAAGAUGGUUCGUCUGGAUGAUUUGUCCGUUCCUGCUGAUGUUGAGGAGGACUCUCAGGACUGCAGCUGUGCUGAGACUCAGACUCUGACAGAAGAGCAGAAGCAGCAGCUGGACGAACUGCAGCACUUCAAGAACAAAGAGGGAAGCGUGGCCAUCGAGGUGCAGGAGGAUUCGAAGGAGAAGCGCACUCUUCUGCACAGAGCUGUGAAGACUCUGUAUCCCGGCCUGGAGACCAAGACCGAGGACCGAGAAGGGAAGAAGUUCAUCGUGGCGUAUCACGCUGCUGGGAAGAGUGCGCUGGCAGAGGUCCGGCCCUCGGCAGCCCCUCGAAAGCACUCGUGGCCAAAGAACCGCGGGAGCUUCUGUCAUUUCGUUCUCUAUAAGGAGAACAAGGACACCAUGGACGCCAUUAACCUUCUGUCCAAGUUCCUCAGGGUCAGACCCAACAUGUUCUCCUACAUGGGCACCAAAGACAAGAGGGCCGUCACGGUGCAGGAGAUCGCAGUGCUGAAGAUCAGCGCUGAGAGAUUGUCUCACCUCAACAAAUGCCUCAUGAACCUGAAGCUGGGAAACUUCAGCUAUAAGAAACAGCCAUUAAAACUGGGAGAACUGCAGGGAAACCACUUCACAGUGGUUCUCAGGAAUAUCUCCGGCUCUCUGGAGCAGGUGGAGCAAGCCAUGACUUCACUCAAAGAAACUGGCUUCAUCAACUACUACGGCAUGCAGCGCUUCGGCACCACAGCCGUGCCCACACACAGAGUCGGCAGGGCUAUACUGCAGAACAACUGGAAGGAAGUGGUGGAUCUCAUCCUGAAACCUCGUCCUGGAGCGGAGAAGGGAUAUCUGGUGAAGUGCAGAGAGGAGUGGGCGCGCUCUCAGGACCCAGAGGCGGCCCUCAAGAGACUGCCGGUCAAACGCUGCGUGGAGGGCCAGUUACUGCGAGGCCUUGCCAAGUACGGCAAAAACAACAUCAUCACAGCGUUCGGACUGAUCCCUCGUAACAACAGGCUGAUGUACAUCCACAGCUAUCAAAGCUACGUAUGGAACUGUAUGGUCAGCAAACGCAUGGAAGCCUUUGGGCUCAGAGCUGUGGAGGGAGAUCUGGUUCUCAGAGGAGGCUAUGCUCAUGUUCUGUCCGCUGAAGAGGCAGAAAAACACUCAGUUCAUGACGUGGUGAUGCCGCUGCCAGGGUUCGAUGUCAUUUAUCCCACUCACAGUGUGGGUGGAGGCUACAGAGACAUGCUGAGCGCUGAUGACCUGGACAUCGAUAGCAUGAGGCAUAAAGUUCGGGAUUACUCUCUGGCCGGCGCAUACAGGAGGAUCCUCAUUCGCCCCAGAGACGUCAGCUGGGAACUGAUCCAGUACGAUGAUCCACGAGUGCCUCUCGUUCACACAGAUGUGGAGAAAUUAGAAAACGCUCCAGCUCCGGUUUACCUCAAAGAAGGGAAGUAUCGGGCCCUGAAAAUGGAGUUUUCUCUGCCAUCCUCCACGUACGCCACGAUGGCCGUCAGAGAAGUGCUGAAGAUGGACACCAGCAUCAAGAAUCAGACUCAGCUCAACACCAGCUGGCUGAACUGACCGUCACAAACAUGCUCUGGAUUUCUGACAGCUUUAUUCUGCUCACAUUUUUUCAGUGAUAAAGACUUGACUUUCUCAUGUUUGUCAUUUGGACACCGUGAAGAAGCCACAGCACCGUUUUCAGUUUUAGUUGUAGAAUUUGUUUUUUAGUGAGGGUGUUUUAAUGCUCCGACAGUAUAAAGACAGUUCUUACACAUAUUUCCAGAACUUUAGCAUAAACAAAGAUUUAGCAGUAAAAGAACAUGUACCGGUUCUUGUAAGAUUCAUUUUGCUAUUUGAUGAUGAUUAUUAUUGUAAAUUGUUUGAUUCCUGCUGAAUAUUCAGUUUGUCAGUGUAAAUAUUUUAAUCUGAAUAAAUGAAUCUGACUGAU